UCGGUUUUGUUGUUCGGCGCAUGCUCAGUGCGGCGGGCCCGGCGCUGGGAGACGGCAGAAUGAUUAUGGCGCUGAGUAAAACGUUCGGCCAGAAGCCGGUGAAAUUCCAGUUGGAAGAGGAUGGGGAGUUCUAUAUGAUCGGGUCUGAGGUGGGCAAUUACCUGCGUAUGUUUAGAGGUUCAUUAUAUAAGAGGUACCCUUCCCUUUGGAGACGUCUGGCAACCGUUGAAGAAAGAAAGAAAAUUGUAGCCUCUUCUCACGGGAAGAAAUAUCACGGAUACACCACAUUAGCCACCAGUGUCACCCUCCUGAAAGCUUCUGAAGUAGAGGAGAUCCUAGAUGGAAACGAUGAGAAAUACAAAGCGGUUUCAAUCAGCACAGAGCCACCAACCUACCUCAGGGAACAGAAGGCAAAGAGGAACAGCCAGUGGGUACCAACAUUGCCCAAUAGUUCUCACCAUCUGGAUGCUGUUCCGUGCUCCACUACUAUCAACAGGAACCGCAUGGGCCGUGACAAGAAAAGGACCUUCCCACUCUGCUUUGAUGAUCACGACCCAGCCGUAAUCCAUGAGAAUGCAUCUCAACCCGAAGUGCUUGUUCCGAUCAGAUUGGACAUGGAGAUAGAUGGACAGAAGUUGCGAGAUGCUUUUACGUGGAACAUGAAUGAAAAAUUAAUGACUCCAGAAAUGUUUGCUGAGAUUCUGUGUGACGACUUAGACCUGAACCCACUUGCAUUUGUUCCUGCCAUUGCUUCAGCAAUCCGCCAACAGAUUGAGUCUUAUCCUACUGACAGUAUCCUAGAGGACCAGUCUGACCAGAGAGUUAUCAUAAAGCUUAAUAUCCACGUUGGCAACAUUUCCUUGGUGGACCAGUUUGAAUGGGACAUGUCGGAGAAGGAGAACUCCCCUGAAAAGUUUGCGUUGAAGUUAUGUUCAGAACUGGGGCUGGGUGGGGAGUUUGUUACCACUAUUGCAUACAGCAUUCGAGGGCAGCUCAGCUGGCACCAGAAGACAUAUGCAUUCAGUGAAAACCCGCUACCGACGGUUGAGAUUGCAAUCCGGAAUACAGGUGAUGCGGACCAGUGGUGCCCCCUCCUGGAGACCCUUACUGACGCCGAAAUGGAGAAGAAAAUCCGGGAUCAGGACAGGAACACCAGGCGUAUGAGACGUCUUGCCAACACUGCUCCGGCCUGGUAAACAGUCCCCUCCCGACGAAACUCGCGGUUCACAUCCUGGAGAUGGAACCCCGUCCCAUAAAUAAACACAAUGUAACAGUUUAAAAAAACAAACAAAAACAAACUAAGACUUAAGAUUUUUGCAGGAGAGGAGGGUGGUCCCAGCACCUCUUGAGCCUAAAUCAGGGGGAGCAGGGGACCCACACAUUCCACUAUGAUAAGCAGCUGGAUGCUGCUGAGUUUGGCUCCCUCACACCCCUUCCUUCCAUGUACAGAGCGUGAUGCAUUAGUGCUACCUGACUACCGGAAGACCUGAGACAGAUGUCCCAAGCCCUCCUUUAUACCUGUGUACGUGAUAUGUAAAGCUUUUUGUGUUCUAUUUUUCAUUUGUAUAGGUGCCUGAUGCACUUGUAGGUAAAACUUUUUAAAUAAAAUGAUUGCUCAAUAUUCUUUA